AUGAGUCUGCAGAUGCGGAGACGGAGAUUAGGGCUGCGCCGCUCGGUGGGCCGCUUAUGGCAUCACUUUUUCCGUGACUCAACCCUCUCGGCUCCCCACCAAGCGCUUCAAGGUCUCAACUCGACGCCGCCCCUCGUACUCCGAGAGAUUGAGUCAUACAAAAUGGUGGACCCCGUUGACCCAGCGCCUACUUCAACCUCAUCUGCUGCACCCAGCGCAGCGCAGCCUAUUCCCGCGACCGAGAGCGCCUCCUCGUCCCAGACGCAAAACCUCCCCAUCCGCGAUUCCAAGAGCGCAAAGGGCCCCGUCCCCUCGGACAAGCACUCCGCGACCGGUAAAGAUCCAUCCAAGCAUGCUGCUGAUGCUGGAGAUGACAAGCCACUCACACCGGCUGAGUUGAAAAAGAAGGCCAAGGCGGAGAAGGCUGCCCGGCGCGCAAAGGAAAGACUAGAAAGGGAGGGUGGAGCUGGUGCUGCAGGCGGUUCAGCUCCUGGUAGCAACGGCGGCCACCAGACUCGGUCUCCAGUGACACCAAAGAAGGACGCAGUCGGUGGAGGCGCAUCGCAGAAGGGGCAAAGAGGUGCGCCGCAGCCGCGCCGUGGAUCGGGCCCGCUGGCUCAGGAUGCGGCUGCGGAGCAGAAGAAAAAGAAGGAAGACAAAAAGGUUGCUGUCUUCGGUCAUCUCUAUGGACAGCAGCGUCGCACGACUGUUGCUGGCGCUGGAAAGGAAGUCCACCCCGCUGUCCUGGCUUUGGGUCUGCAGCUGCGGGACUAUGUAGUUUGUGGCAGUAGUGCGCGCUGUGUGGCAACCAUGCUUGCCUUCAAGCGGGUCGUUGAAUCCUAUGCCACUCCCUUGGGCACUUCCUUGUCGCGCCAUUUGACAACACACCUUUCCCACCAGAUCACCUACCUCUCCACGUGUCGGCCACUAUCCAUCAGUCAAGGCAAUGCCAUCCGGGCCUUGAAACUGGCCAUCUCGUCUGUCGACCCUUCUACUCCCGAAGCGAGUGCCAAAGCCACACUCUGCGAAUUUAUAGAUAGCUUUAUUCGGGAAAAGAUUACCGUGGCCGAUGAAGUCAUCGCCCAGAGCGCGGCACAGAAGAUCCAGGAUGGCGAUGUCAUCGUCACCUUUGCCGGCAGUUCCAUUGUCAAGCAGACUCUCAUUAAAGCACACAAGCAAGGAAAACGGUUCCGAGUAUCAAUCAUCGACUCGCGCCCUUUGUUCGAGGGUAAAAACUUGGCUCGCGCUCUUGCCAGCGUCGGACUGGAUAUCCAAUACUCUCUUGUGCAUGGCAUCAGCCACGCCAUUAAAGAUGCCACCAAGGUCUUUCUGGGUGCACACGCAAUGACCAGCAAUGGUCGGUUGUACUCCCGUGUUGGCACCGCGCUGGUGGCGAUGUCUGCUAAGGAACGCGCUGGUGGCGUCGAAGUGCCCGUCAUCGUGUGCUGCGAGACUGUCAAGUUCACUGAUCGCGUCGCCCUUGACAGCAUCGUCGUCAACGAGAUUGCCGACGCCGAUGAAUUGGUCUCUUCCGUGCUCCCCCAGCAGGUGACUGGUCUUCCUGACCCCGCCGCACACACCCCUGCCCCCGCCGAUAACAAAAAGGGUGGGAAAGGUGCUGCCCUUGCCCCUACUCCGGACCCCUCUGCCUCACGCAAUGCCUCCACCUCUCCCCUGGCUAAAUGGAAGGACACGCCAAACUUGCAGCUGCUCAAUAUCAUGUACGAUGUUACACCUGCCGAGUACGUGGAUAUGGUGGUUACCGAGAUGGGCAGUCUGCCGCCUAGCGCGGUGCCUAUUGUCCACCGGAUGAGUACGAACAUGUGA